AUGAAUCAUCAAAAUUCUUAUCAUAUUCAAUCCCUAUAUGAACAAUAUAAAAACGGCAUAAGAAAUAAUUGUUCUAAAGAACAGGACGAGUUUCAUACCCCAUUAUUGAAUUCAAUUCAACCAUUAAAACCAUAUCGUAUUGCUCCAAUUCAUCGUCUAACACAAAUUGAACAUUUGUUGAAUCUGAUUCCAGAAAUUGAAAAAACAAAAACUUUUACAAUUCAUACCGAAAGACAUUGGGAAUUAAACAUGGUUACUUUGAUUGAAAUUGAACUCGUACAAGUUCAAAGAAAAGAAUCGAUUGUAUUAUAUUUGGAAUUGUUACAUUUGCCCUCUCCGAAUACACUAUUAUUUUCAGUCAUACGUACAUUAAUAAACAAAAUCUUUCAUCCAUCAAAAAGAAUUAUUGUUUGGUCGAAUGAUAAUAAAGAAGAUUUACAAAUAUUAGUCUUAUGGGCAUAUCUUUCAAAAUGUACAUUCGAUGAAACAUAUUUGAUUGUAUUACAAGGGCCAUUCAAAGUUUGGUAUAAUAAAACAUUCAAACAUCUUAAAAAAUGUUAUGUUCCAUCAUUUGAUGUACAAGAUCAUUGUUAUUGUAGUUGUCCAUAUCGUCCAUAUAAAAAUGUAUAUGAUCAGUGGACGUUAGAAGCAGCCAUUGAAUAUACAUUUGGAGAAUUUAUUCAUAAACCAAAUGGUAAUCUUAUUGAUUAUCAACAAAAUAUUAUUUAUCAUGUACAUCGUGGUUUAGCAAUGGCGAAAUUAUUGAUGGCCGUGGAACUCGAUUGGUCUUCGAAUGAUUUAUCUCUAUUCAACAGAUUUCAUCGAAGUAAAAACAAAAGUUUCCCCUGA